AUGUCGGAUCGAGAGAGAAGUCGCUCUAGAACCCGCAACGGAUCGCGUGAGCCUGCACCGAAGCCUCCAACAAUGUCAAGGGGACAUAGUCGAAGCCGGUCUAGGACACCGCCUCCGCCAAAAGCAUCGAGCAGGAAGUAUAGGAGCCCGUCGCGCUCUCGGUCGGGAUCGCCGAGGCGUGGUUACCGCUCGCGAUACUCGCGCAGCCGUUCUCGCUCUUACUCGCCGCGCGGCGGCUCCUAUCGCCGCUCGCACUCGCACAGUCCUAUGUCCUCCAGGCGGCGUCAUCUUGGAGACAGGGUGAGUGGUGACAUUGGAGAUAGGGAAAAUCCAACUCCAUCCCGUUGCCUUGGAGUAUUUGGUUUGAGUCUGUACACAACUGAACAACAGAUAAAUCACAUCUUUUCUAAAUUUGGACCAGUUGAGAAAGUGCAAGUUGUAAUAGAUGCAAAGACUGGUCGCUCCAGAGGCUUCUGUUUUGUUUAUUUCGCAUCUCAAGACGACGCCAAAGUGGCAAAGAACGAAUGCACUGGCAUGGAGAUAGACGGGAGGCGUAUACGAGUUGACUUCUCCAUCACCCAGCGAGCGCACACGCCCACCCCUGGCAUAUAUAUGGGGAAGCCCACUAGUGUCAGCAGUAGAGGCGAUAAUGGCUACGACAGGCGCAGGGACAGAGACGAGUACUACUACCGCGGCGGCGGCGGCGGUGGCGGCGGCGGCGGCUACCGCGAGCGCGACUAUUACCAGCGCGGCUACAGGCACCGCUCUCCGUCCCCGCACUACCGCCGCUCGCGCCGCUACGAACGCGAACGCUCCUACUCGCCUCGUAUUGAAACAAGAAGUAAAGGA